AAUCAUGGCAGGUUGAAGAAACUGAGAACGUGAUUUUGGCCUCAAGAGAGAAGAUGGAGUUCUAUCGCACAAAAAUGCAGGAACUUGUUCUGUAUAAAAGCAGAUGUGAUAACAGAUUAAAUGAGAUCACAGAAAGGGCAAUUGCUGACAAGCGUGAGGCUGAGUUACUGGCAAAAAAAUAUGAGAAGUACAAACAAGUGGCAGAAAUAGCAUCUAAAUUAACUAUUGAAGAGGCCACAUUUCGCGAAGUUCAGGAGAGGAAAAUGGAAUUGCAUCAAGCAAUUGUUAAAAUGGAAAAAGGAGGUAGUGCAGAUGGUAUUCUUCAGGUCUGUGCUGAUCGUAUACAAUAUGAUCUUGAGGAGCUAGUAAAGGCUCUUACACAACGUUGCGAGAAACAUGGAUUAAACAUGAAGUCAAGUGCAAUAUUUGAGCUUCCAACUGGAAACCAGAAAUUGGCAUCCAUUGGAAUACUAGUCAACCAGUGGAUAACAUAACAUGGCUUAGCAGUGAAUGUGAACAGACUUGGCCCCUUUUCGUUGGAUCGUACCUUGUGGGUACAACUUGUACCGUACAAGGCUAUCAGUUUGGAAGCGUUGAAGGCUUGCUUGAGGAAUUUCAGACAUCUGCAGAGUGGAAGAGUGUAUCUACCUGAUCCCGAAUUCCUGAUGAUGGGGAGCUACUUGAUGCUGCAUGUAGAUCUUUGAUCAAUGAGUUUUCCGAAGUUUUUCAGGCUGUAUUCAUUAUGAAACCAUGUCAAGGUUGGAUUUACAAGCCGUCUGAAUCUGAAGGGCUACAUUUCUAAAUCCUUUGUGGAUCUGAAAUAGACAUGGCUGUCGACGCUCUCAGAAUGAAUACUUAAGCAUACUUAGAUUGAAAUUGUUAGAGCUCUCAACUUGUAACUUGUUAUGCACGUUAUAAGAUCUACAUGAGAAGAUUUAGGUUUGGAUC